AUGGAUGAGUACGAGAAGAAGAUCUACGGGAUAUUGAAGCUGGAGUUUGAGCCCAAGCUGCUCCUGGUGAAGGAUGUUUCUGGUGGUUGUGGUUCGAUGUUUGCCAUCGUUGUCGAGAGCGAGAGAUUCAAGGGAAUUCCUAUGAUCAAGCAGCACAGAUUGGUCAAUGAGACUUUGAAGGAUGAGAUAGCCCAAUGGCACGGAUUACAGUUGAAGACAAAGUCUGUGUAA